AUGAAGCUCGGGGCCCUUCUUACGGGCGCUGCCCUCAUCCUGCCUACGGCACUCGCCAUGCCCAAGAGCCAGUUCUGUCGAACUCUCGCCAAGCCUGACUGCGGCAAGGGUUGGGUUUGCGUCCCAAUUGCUGCAGGAUGUACGACUACCACCGACUGUCUUGGCAUGUGCCGCUCAGCGAAGAAGUACAGCGCCAUAGUGCCAGUCGUGGAAAAGGAGAAGGCUCCUGUGGAGAAGGUAAAAGAGACUAUCAAGGAGAAGAAGUUGGAGAAAGGAAAAGGAAAAGAAAGGAAGGGCAAGGAUGUGACAAAGAUGGGGGUUAGCGAUGCAGCUGAAUCUGUCAAUCCAUCUGCUGAAAUGCGAAACCCUCCUCAAGAAAAGCAAGAAAAGCCCGGAAACCACGGCAAGAAGGAAGGUGACAAGCACGACAAGAAGAAGGGCCUUAAGAAGCACGAAAAGACGAAGGGUGAUAAGCAAAAAUCCAAGGGCCACGACGACAAGCCGGAGAAGAAGCACCCGAAGGAUGGCAAGCAUCCUAGCAAGUCCAAGCACCACGAUAAGCCCAAGACAAAGCACGAUGAAGAGCCGGAGCACCCCAAGAAGCCGGAGCAUCCUAAAAAGCCGGAGCAUCCCAAGAACCCGAAGCCUAAGCACCACAAGAAGCCAGAACAAAAGGCGGAGCACCCCAAGAAGCCAGAGCAUCCUAAGGAGCCAGAGCAUCCCAAAAAGCCUGAACACCCCAAGAAGCCGGAGCACCCCAAGAAGCCUGAACACCCCAAAAGGCCCGAGCAUCCAAAGAGGCCCGAGCACAAGAAGCCGGAGCACCCUAAGAAGGACGGUCCUUCGAAGACACCAGCCCCUAAGGAUGAGGGACCGAAGAAGACAGAGCCCAAGACUGGCCCGAAGACAAAGGAGGCUGAGAAGCCCAAGGACCAAAAGCCAGACUCCCAGGUCCCUGAAAAGAAGCAAGCCCAGGGUACCCCCAAGAAGGGCGAGUAG